AGAUGAUAUUUUCUAGCCAAGAAUAGAUUUUGUUUAUUAUUACAUAGUCUACUAGAUAUAUAUUUCUUUAGCUACUAUUGAAAAACUUUUUAUGGUGUCAAUUAAAAAAAAAAAAUUGUUUGUUGGUGGAUUAAAUUGGGAUACUACUGAUGAGAGUAUGAAAGAAUAUUUUUCGAAAUUUGGACCAGUGGCAAGUUGUAUGGUAAUGCGUGAUACUAUGACAGGACAAUCUCGUGGCUUUGGUUUCUUGACGAUGGAAAAUGUGGAAGAUGUGGAUAAAGUAUUGGAGGUAGAAGAACAUCAUUUGGAUGGCAAAAAGAUUGAUCCUAAACGAGCAGUACCCAAGACAGACCAAGAACGAUGUGAAAAAAUCUUUGUAGGUGGGAUUUCUCCUGAAGUGAAUCAAGAUGAAUUUAAAGAAUUCUUUCAAAAAUUUGGUCCAAUUGCAGAAGCGACUUUAAUGGUGGAUAGACAAACAGGAAGACCUCGUGGAUUUGGAUUUGUGACAUUUGAAGAUGCUCAAUCAGUGGAUAAUGCUUUGGAAGCUAAAGAUCUGGUGAUUAAGGAUCGACAAGUGGAAAUCAAACGUGCUAUGCCUAAAGCUAAACGAAACGUCAUGCCCAAUACUCGAUAUGCUGGAGCUGCUAUGAUGAUGGGUCGUGGUGGUAUGUUUCAACAACAAGCAAAUCCUUAUGGAAAUAUGGCAGCCAUGGCAGCAGCUUAUUAUGGACGUAUGAAUAAUAAUAAUAAUAAUAAUCGAUAUCAACAACAACAAGAUGACAUUGAUUCUGGACGACAUCAUGGUGGUAGUAGUAGUACUACUAGUAGUAGUGGUGGUAGCAGGGAUCGUCGUCACCGUGAUUCAAGUCAUGAUCGUUAUUAUAGAUCUUCUUCAAGUAGUCGUCAUCGUUAUGAAGAUCGUUCUGGAGGUGGUGCUGUUCAUGCUUCUUCUUCUUCUUCCUCAAGGAAUCAAUCUUCUUAUCGACCUUAUUGAUUGUUGGUUUUUUAGUUUUUAUAUAUAUAUAUUUUGGAAAUGAAAUAAAAAUAAAAAAUAUCGUCUCGUAUUAAAUUCGUUUUGGC